CCACCCCCCUGGUGCUGAACCCGGCGGCGGCGCGGCGAGGAGCUGUCCAUCCCCGCCCGGGUGCUGCAACCUCUCUCCCCUCCGACAUCUUCCCAGCGGCAGGCCGGGCUAUGGGGGGAACCGGCGCGGGUGAGCCCAGCACCGCUCCGCCCAGCCACCAGUGCCCCGGGCUCAGCUCCGACCCUUCUUCUCCCUGAUCCCUCCCUCCCCCCGGUCCCCGCUUGCACAAAGCCGUCGCGGCCAUGGAAGAGGAGCUGAAGUGCCCGGUGUGCGGCUCGCUGUUCCGGGAGCCCAUCAUCCUGCCCUGCUCGCACAAUGUCUGCCUGCCCUGCGCCCGCACCAUCGCCGUGCAGACCCCGGACACCGAGCAGCACCUGCCCCCCAUGCUGCAGCCCCGAGGACCUAUGCCAGGGGCAGCAGCUGCUGGGUCUGGGCUGGGGACAGGGCCAGCAGUGGGCUCUGUCCCUGUCUUUGACUAUGAGUGCGCAGCGGGUGGCAGUGGGGACCACGUGGACAAGCUAAGCCUGCACAGUGAGACUGACAGUGGCUACGGCUCCUACACCCCCAGCCUUAAGUCGCCCAAUGGGGUGCGGGUGCUGCCACUAGUGCCAGCCCCUCCAGGCUCUUCAGCAGCCGCAGCUGCAGCGGCUGCUCCCCGGGGUGCUGCCACCAGCUCGUCCCUCACAUGCCCGCAGUGCCACCGCAGCGCCUCUCUGGACCAGCGUGGCCUCCGUGGCUUCCAGCGCAACCGGCUGCUGGAGGCCAUUGUGCAGCGCUACCAGCAAGGCCGUGCCGCUGCCUCCGCCAAGUGCCAGCUCUGUGAUCGUAGCCCCCCGGAACCAGCUGCCGUCCUGUGUGAGCAAUGCGAGGUGCUGUACUGCGCUGCCUGCCAGCUCAAGUGCCACCCGUCACGGGGUCCCUUUGCCAAGCACCACCUGGUUCCACCGCUCAGCCUGCAGGGUGCCUCCAGUGGUGAUGGUGGAAGCAGCAACAGCGGGGCGAGCAAGGCAGUGGCAGCAGUAGGAGUCGGGGCAGGGGGUGCCCGCAAAUUCCCCACAUGCACGGACCAUGAACUGGAAAACUACAGCAUGUACUGUGUGAGCUGCCGGAGCCCCGUGUGCUACCAGUGCCUGGAGGAUGGCAAGCACAGUAAGCAUGAAGUGAAAGCCCUGGGUGCCAUGUGGAAGCAGCACAAGGCACAGCUGUCUCAGGCGUUAAAUGGUGUUUCAGAUAAAGCAAAGGAAGCUAAAGAAUUUUUAGUUCAGCUGAAAAAUAUAUUGCAGCAGAUACAGGAAAAUGGCUUGGAAUAUGAAGCCUGUCUUGUUGCUCAGUGUGAUGCCCUAGUGGAUGCCUUAACUCGGCAAAAGGCAAAGCUGCUCACUAAAGUUACCAAAGAACGUGAGCACAAACUAAAGGUUGUUUGGGACCAGAUAAACCACUGUACCCUGAAGUUACGUCAGUCAACAGGGCUCAUGGAAUACUGUUUGGAAGUAAUCAAAGAGAAUGAUCCCUCUGGGUUUUUACAGAUUUCAGAUGCUUUAAUCAAACGUGUUCAGGUGUCUCAGGAACAGUGGGUCAAAGGAGCCUUGGAACCAAAAGUAUCUGCUGAGUUUGACCUGACUCUGGAUAGUGAACCUUUACUGCAGUCAAUACACCAGCUGGAUUUUAUUCAGAUGAAAUGUAGGGUUCCCAUUAUAGUGCCACCAGUCCCACUGCUGCAACUGGAAAAGUGCUGCACCCGCAACAACAGUGUGACACUGGCCUGGAGGAUGCCACCUUUUAGCCACAACCCCGUGGAAGGUUAUAUCUUGGAACUUGAUGAUGGAGACGGUGGCCAAUUCCGUGAAGUGUAUGUUGGCAAGGAGACACUAUGCACUAUUGAUGGCCUUCAUUUCAACAGUACCUACAAUGCAAGAGUCAAAGCUUUCAAUUCAUCAGGAGUUGGCCCUUACAGCAAGACAGUUGUUUUACAGACAUCUGACGUGGCCUGGUUCACCUUCGACCCUUCUUCAGCCCAUAGGGAUAUAGUCUUGUCCAAUGAUAACCAGACAGCCACUUGCAGUAGCUAUGAUGACCGUGUUGUUCUGGGCACAGCAGCAUUCUCCAAGGGAGUACAUUACUGGGAACUGCAUGUGGACCGGUAUGAUAACCAUCCAGAUCCAGCGUUUGGAAUUGCCAGAAUUAAUGUAGUCAAGGACAUGAUGCUAGGGAAGGAUGACAAGGCAUGGGCCAUGUAUGUGGACAACAACCGGAGCUGGUUUAUGCACUGCAAUUCACACACCAAUCGGACAGAAGGGGGUGUUUCUAAAGGUGCCACUGUUGGUGUUCUCCUGGACCUAAACAAGCAUAACCUGACCUUUUAUAUAAAUGGGCAGCAGCAAGGACCCACAGCAUUUGAAAAUGUGGAAGGGGUCUUCCUGCCUGCCUUGAGCCUCAACCGAAAUGUACAGGUAACUCUGCACACGGGACUGGAGGUGCCACAGAGUGUAAAACAGCCAAAGCUGCCCAGCAACUAGCUGAAUUCAUGCUGCCUAUAGCCAAGCUGGAUUUUUGUAGUCUUUCUAAAUGCUAUUUGCAUACAUUGGUUAAAAAAAAAAAGCACUCAUCCCUAUAACAGCAGUUCUUACACUGGACUUUGAUCCCAGAGUGUUCUGAUAAUUCAAAUAAAUCUACAUCCCCCUCUUAAUUUUACACUGUUGACAAAUGUGGUUGUAGACUAAACAAAUGGGCAGGGGGCACUCAUACAGUUCAAUAUAAAUAUACUUGCAGCUCAGUGUAGAUGCCACACUCAUAUACUUCAAUAUAAAUAUACUUGCAGCUCAGUGUAGAUGCAAACAUAGGGUGACAGCUAAAAUGAGCAUAUUUUCCCUUUCAUACUUGGAUCUGUGCUCCCCAGGACGAUGGUGAUGAAGGAAGAGAUGAUGAUCACUGAGGGCCCUCAGAGCAAUUUCGUGAGUGUUCUGGUGGAUUCUCUGUCCCUUGAAACCGUAAAUCAAGAGCAGAUACAUUUUUUAAAAGCUGAGCUACAGCUCAGACUGGAGUUGUGUGCUUGAUGUAGACACUUCUGGGGACAUUCUUUGGCUUGCGUUGAACAGAUCAGACCAUGUUAUCAUGACAAUCUCUUUUGUCAUGAAAACUGGUGAAAUUUCUGGAUUAAGCUCCUGCUGAAAUGAAUGGCAGAGCUCUCACUGACUUCAGUAGGAGCAAGACGAGGCUCAAAUUAGCUUUAUGCAAAACUUAUGCUCAUUUAGGUUGCACACAUUUUAGGUAGGAAUAAAAAGUACUCAAUAAAUCUUAGUGCUUUUUAUGUGACUGUAGCGGCUUUUGCUCUCACAAAUGGGAGAUCUUGCAGUGGGUACCAGCAGCAACCACCUCUUGAAAUGACAAUGGAGGAGAGUCCAUUGAAGUCAUCAGAGAUGUUCCAAAAUUGCUUAAAUAAAAUAUACCACGUGGGAAAGAUCAUUUAUUCUUUUAGAGCCUUGAUUCUACUAGGUGCCAAGUGCCUGUGGUGCUCAUGGAGUUGUGGAUAUGCAGCACCUCUCAGCAUCAAAGGCCUUCAUUUUCUCAAAUUAUCUUUAAGCCUCUGGGUAAUCUGAAGAGGACUGUAGACUUAUAACUAAUAUUAAGUGAUCUGCUGGAUACUAACCUAAGAAUCACCUGGUUCUUAACUUUGUUUUGUGCCUCAGAAAUGUUGUGGGUACCCCAAAUAAGGCAAUGAGGAGUAUUUUCAAAUGGAGUCUGAUUGGCCUAGAAUCUUUAAUAGGCAUAUUAAAUUUUUUUUCUCUCUCCCUCUCUCAGCAAAGCAUGUGGAGGUAUGUGUUUGGCGAGGGGUAGGUGGCUGACUGAAUUAACUUAUAAUUGCAAGGUACAAAAGGAUAUACAGUUCUACUGCAUCUAAGACUCUAGACUCGUGAUCCAACCUAACUGUGGUGCUAUUCGACCAACGCACCACUGGCUGCUGCCUCCUAUUGUUCUGCUUUUUCUAUUCAUUCUGUUUACACACAACUGCUCUGUAUACAGAGAAAACACACACACACACACACACUUCAGUAUAUGUGGUUAAGAAACACUGCCCAAGCUAUUUUUAAAUUAAGAUCUAUUUUACUGCCUUGGGUAAAGUCCUCCAGGGUAGGGUGAACUUCUGGCAGAUAGGCCCAUAGCUGCAGGCACACAUUUGAUUUCCAGCCAAAGCACAUCCCCAUUACUGGUCACAGCAAGUGACAGGAAGGCUUGACUGGGACAGAGGUCUUAGGCUUCUGGCUGCAGGACAGGGGUUGUCAUAAUGAAUUGCCAUAGAUAAGGAACAUUAAACUAUGCAGAACUGAGCAGUAAGUGGUCUAUAAUCAUCUGUGCAGGGUGCCCAUCAUUACUCAAUCUUUCAGCUCCCCUCCCUCUACAGAAAAUAAAUGCAUCUUCUUUGAAUAACAGAAAAACAAGACAACUCAAACUAGUAAGUUUGAAAGCAACUGUAAUUUCCUCAGACUGAGAGAUUUUAUUAGUACAUUUUAUUUUUAAGGACUGGUAAUAACUGACCGUACUAAUUUUGGUUUGCUCAGAUUAGCAGAGACUAACUGUGGUUUGUUUCUUUGUUUUUGUCUGUUUAAUGCCAUCUGAAUCUGUGCAGGAUUUUCUAGUUCAGUGGGGUCUAUUUUAAGCCUACCUCAGCUAGCAUGCUACUGGACCCCAAAUUUCUUCUUGAGUGUUAUCACUGUAUAGUUGUCUUGUAAAGUUUUAACCAUAACCUUUCAACCAUCACCUAACAGACAGCAGAGCCUUGGAAUACUGUUUAAGCUGCAUAUAGAUUUUUAUACUAGAAAAUGUCUCAUGGCAAUGUUAAUACAAGCAAGCACUCCACUUUUACUGUUCUUAUUAAAUAUGAAACAAAAGAGCACUGUUUAUAUCAGACAUAAGAACUGAACUUUUGUCUCUACUCACAAGAUGUGCGAAAUAAAAUUCAAAUCGAUUUUAAUCUGUCCAAUAUGCAGACACUGCUGGAUGUUUAAAGUGGAUACUGAAAUGGGUUUAGAAUACUUUUUGAUACCUAUGUUGACGUCAGUGAUGUUUUUCAUAGUUGCUUCUGUAUCAUUCCUUGUGUGUCACUUAGGGGAAAAUGCAGAGUGAUAUAGGUUUCCAAGAUCUAAUUUAACAUGAAUAGCAGGUCAGGGAACACUCCAGACUUAUGGAGGUACUCUUUCUACUGCUGCUGUCUGUACAUACUAGAUGAGUAAAAGUGCAGUGCACACUAGCUAAAACUGCAGUCUCCUUUUAACCUAGAGAAAAUGCAGAAAAGAUAGGCAGUUAGAAAUUAGAAUGCUGUAUUAGUAUUGCUCAUUUAAAUUUAAGUCCACAGAGGGUGAGUCUACUUUUGGUUAUGUAUCUGUUCAAGGACUUAGAUUCAUUAAGGUCCAUAGAACUAAACCAAGUCGGCCUAAUGAAAUACAUUUUUUUUUUACAAGCUGAGUGAGGCUUAGCAGUUUGUCUAACAAUGACAAUGCUGAAAUAAUUAGAACUAGGCUAGGAGACUAAUUAUUCUGUGUUUGACUACAAACGUGAAGCUCCCAUGACCGUCAAAAAGUACCUUAUUGGUGCAUGCACAGACAAAAUGUAUCUGUUAAAGACUAGCACAAUGUGAGAAGGAAUAGAGGAAAUUCACUUCUCUUUCCAGGUCUGAGAUCAUUCAUUCCACUGCCAGUAGAUCUCACCAGGGUCUUCAAGGUCUAAGCCUGGUUGGCUCAAGAGGUCUUUAUCUUGUCAUCAUCUGUGCACAGAGGGGAAAGAGUGCCUGUAGAAAACGAGGGAGGGGAGGAAAAGAAUGAGAAGAGGGAGACUUACCCUCAGACCAUGCUCCCUCUUUCCAUUCUUCCAUCUCCCUCUGGCACCUCCAAUAAACAUUGCAUGGGAAUAAUCCAUCCUACAGAAGUGAGGCUCCCUAAACUGGGGAGAAACUUAUCUGUUAUAGUGCAGACUCCAGAAAAGAGUAGUAAACUUAUUUACAGAGUUUAGAACAAGCAAUUUUAAAUUCUGUUAAGUAUAAAAGGCUGUUACUCCAGAAUCUAGGCUCUCAAACCAUGUCUGCCACUGGGAAAAAACAAUAAAAGGUAUGGUUUGGAGAGUAAUGAGAAACCUUCUGUUUACCUUACACCCUGGGUGAUUUAGAAUUAGCCUAGAUAAACUUUCUUCCUCUUCCUUUCCUUUACAAAUUCCCCAUUUUGUUUGGUAAACCCAAUUAGACAAAAAAAAGUGUGGUCAGGAACAUUGUCAAAGCCACA